CGAGAAACAGUCUCCUCUCCUCUCCUGAAUUAAGAUUACUAUAAUUUCGUUCGCUCCCUUUAUUUCUUUGAUCCUUUCUGUUUCUUAUCAGCCCCUCCUCCUUCUGUUUCCCCUCCCCCUUGUUUAUGAUCAAUCCGGUCGCAACAAACCCGCGGUUCGGGAAAGACUCAUACAAACAUUGGUGAGAGAUCGAGACCGUUGCCCCAUAAUAAUUACACCACCGCACCCUGUUCAUCUCCGUGCUUGUCGCCGAUCAUCUCUUCCUUCCACUUCGUCCACUUCAUACUUGAAAAAUCACCGUGGGCUCCCAAGUCUCCGGUUCUUUUUUUCACCCUCUUCACUGUAUACUGUCGCUCGCUUUUUCCUCUUUAUUCCUCAAUUCUCCAGGCCAAGCGGCCCCUUGCGACAGGCCUCCAUAUUUACCACUCCACUCCGCUCUGCGCCAGUUUAGCCACAUCAACAGACUUGAGGUUGAAAGCACAGAAACAUCGGUGAUCAUGGCUUUAGGGCCAGUUCGAUAUCUCCUGUUUGCUGUCACAGGACUGGCACUUUUCUUCCUGAUAUCGAGAAGUGCAAUCCCGAUCCCGGAGCAGAUCGGCUCGAAACUCAACUAUGGAUCCUCCUCAUCCUCGUCCUCGUCGUACUCCCAGAGCGAUGCCGCCGCCGCAUACUCAUCCAACAAGGUCAUCCCCGCGGCCGACCGCAUGAACGCAACCUUCGUGACAUUGGCCCGGAACAGCGACCUUUGGGAGAUGGUCAAGUCGAUCCGCACGGUGGAGGACCGGUUCAACCGCAACUAUCACUACGAUUGGGUGUUCCUGAACGACAAGCCCUUUGACGAUGAGUUCAUCAAGAUCACCUCGGCGCUCGUCUCUGGAGAAACCCAUUAUGGCGUGAUUCCCAAGGAGCAUUGGUCGUACCCCGAAUGGAUCGACCAGGAGAAGGCGAAGAAGGUGCGACAGGAAAUGGGCGAGAAGAAGAUCAUCUACGGCGACUCGGAAAGCUACCGCCACAUGUGCCGUUACGAAUCGGGCUUCUUCUUCCGCCACCCGCUGAUGCUGAACUUCGAAUACUACUGGCGUGUGGAGCCCAGCAUCGAGCUCUACUGUGACGUCCCGCUGGAUCCGUUCCGUUUCAUGAAGGAGAACAACAAGAAGUACAGUUUCACGCUCAGUCUCUACGAGUACUAUGACACGAUCCCGACCCUCUGGGAUACCACACAGAAAUUCGUCGGCGAACACCCGGAACACAUCGCGAGCGACAACUCCAUGGGUUUCUUGAGUGACGAUGGCGGCAAGACCUACAACAAAUGCCACUUUUGGUCGAACUUCGAAGUCGGAAGCCUGGAAUGGCUGAGAUCGAAGGCGUACAUUGAUUACUUUGAGACCCUGGACCAUGCCGGUGGGUUCUUCUACGAGCGGUGGGGUGAUGCCCCGGUCCACUCCAUCGCGGCCGGUCUGCUUCUCGACAAGGACCAGAUUCAUUUCUUCGAUGAGAUUGGCUACUAUCACGUGCCAUUCACCCACUGUCCAACCGAGGAGAAGAAGAGACUGGACCUGAGAUGCUCCUGCAACCCUAGCGAGAACUUUGAUUGGAAGGGCUACUCUUGCACAUCUCGGUACUUCCAGAUCAACAACCUGGACAAGCCCAAGGGCUACGAGGCUCAAACCUGACUCCGUACGAUUGAAUUAAUUCUGUUUUCGGCAAUCUUCAUCUGCGGUAUUUUAGUCUUACUGAACAGAAAAGCCCGGGUACUAGUGGUCCACAGAGCAGGUCAUCUGGUUGACCACGUACACGCUGGCUGGGACUCCAACCAGACAUGGAGGAAGGCCUAACAAAUUACGGUUCCCAUCGCGUUCUACGGCGCAGUAUCGGGGCGCUUCCGACUGGCCCAAACAUGAUUAUUUCGCAACUUUCACCCCUCUAACCUACUUUCAUAUUCCCCCCC